GUUUUUAUUCCAUCAUUUUCUUUUCGUCUGAAACCCUAGCUCCUCUUGAAAAACUACCCCCGUUUCGCACUCGAUUCAUCUGCAAAUUGUUUCACAAAUUCUUAACUCACCCUCAGAUCUCUCUCUCUCCUCCCAAGUCUCCUCUCUCUUUAUCGGUUUGUGUUCAAGUGCUUGUACGUUUAUUGCUUAGGAUCUUCUGAUACCAAAGGAUCGAAGGAUUUCUUUGCUAUUCCUGCCUUCUACGCGCUGAUUUUAGCUUUCAUUUAAUUCAGAAAAGAGUUGCAGUCUUUGUUGUCUAUGGCCUCUCUGGAUAUGUCUUUGGAUGAUAUGAUAAAGAGUAGAAGAAAUACUGUUAAAGGAGGCAGAGGGCAAGGCAGGCCACGACGUGGAAGAGGAGGGCCUGGAGGGUCAUCCCGUGGUGGAAGACCACCAUUUGGCGCUCCUCGCAGAAAUCCUCUUGGAGUGAACACUCGAACUUCAGCCUACUCUAUUGCCAAGGCAAGCUCGUUGUCUUAUGCAUUACAUAGACAAAUCUGCUAUGCUGUAGUACCUCAAUGAAGGUUCUCUAGUUUUAUAAAUUCAAUAUGAGAGGUUUGCCACAUAUUUGGUCAUGGGAGAUGCCCACAGCUUCUCAGAAAGGAAUCAGCUAUCAUAUUCUAGUGAAUGCUCUUAAGUUCCUGAUGGUUCUGUUCUUGUGGGAUUUUAUCAAGCACUGUGCAAGGAUUUGUGAAAAGUGAGAGAUUUGGUGGAUGUCUACUUAUCAUCUUAUGUAGAGGAGCAUCUUACGUGAUAACUUAAGAUCUUUCGCCAAUUUAAAAUCCUAACAUUUUGAGGCUUGAACUUUUUGCUAUAAUUGUUUAAUCGAGAUCUCUCUAGUUUGUAUUGCCAAUCAUAAGAGGGGGAGUAUGUGACGGAUACCUACUGUUUUGUGAUGGAUGUCAUUACCAUACUGUGGAAUACUCUGGGGCGAGAUAUUUGUCGUAUCUCAGUUCAUGGAAUCUUGCAAAGGUGGCUUCCUUCGCUGAACUUGAGAACUGGAGCUCUCACCUUUGUAUGGCACUGGCAUGGUUCGUUCCGCAGAACCAAGAACUUACCAUGGCAGAGUGGUCUGAUUGAAGAAAGUCUUAAGGCAGCUGGGCUGUCAGGGUUGGAAGCUGGUACAAAGUUAUUUAUUUCAAACUUGGACGUUGGGGUUUCCAAUGAAGAUAUAAGGGAGCUCUUUUCUGAGAUUGGAGAGUUGAUUCGAUAUGCCAUUCACUUUGACAAAAAUGGACGCCCAAGUGGUUCAGCAGAAGUUGUUUUUGCAAGGCGGAGUGAUGCAUUUCAAGCACUUAAACGUUAUAAUAAUGUUCAAUUGGAUGGAAAGCCUAUGAAAAUAGAGGUAGUUGGUGCCAAUGCAGAGAUCCCACUGUCAGCUCGUGUUAAUGUAGUGGGAGGAGCAAAUGGAAAGAAGAGGACAGUUGUCAUGUCGUCUGGACCUGGUCGCUCAAGAGGUGGUUUUGCACCAGCAAAUCGUGGUUCUGGACAAAGAGGUCGUGGAGGUUCUAACACUGGACGUGGAGGUGCUGGUCGUGGCGGGGCCCGUGGUCAUGGUGGUGGCCGUGGUCGUGGAGGAGCACAAUGGAGAAAGAAGGUUGAGAAAUCUGCUGAUGACCUUGACAAGGAACUCGACAGUUAUCACGCAGAGGCAAUGCAGACUUAGAGAGAUGGCCUUGCGAUUCACUUGUUAAGAUGUUUAGUUGUACAAUCUGGGUGUGCUUACAACUGCUGGAGUGGUUAUCUUUUAUGAUGGUUUGGAUGAUAUUGCUUUCUGUAGCUGGAUAAUGGCAUUACUGUUAUCUUGAAAGUAAAGUAGUGGCGUGAAUUUGUUA